UUACAGGUGUAGAAUUUGGUGCACGAAUGAUUACAAUUGAUGGCAAACAAAUAAAACUUCAGAUAUGGGACACAGCUGGCCAAGAGUCUUUCCGUUCAAUUACAAGGUCGUACUACCGUGGAGCAGCAGGAGCAUUACUUGUGUACGACAUUACAAGGAGAGAUACCUUUAAUCACUUGACCACAUGGCUAGAAGACGCUCGCCAGCAUUCCAAUUCAAAUAUGGUAAUUAUGUUAAUCGGAAACAAGAGUGACUUAGAAGCUCGGCGUGAUGUCAAGAAAGAGGAGGGGGAAGCAUUUGCAAGAGAGCAUGGGUUGAUUUUUAUGGAGACCUCAGCCAAGACUGCAGCUAACGUAGAGGAAGCUUUUAUUAACACUGCUAAAGAAAUUUACGAAAAGAUUCAAGAAGGAGUAUUUGAUAUUAACAAUGAGGCAAAUGGAAUCAAACUUGGACCACAACAUUCACCAACAAAUCCCACCUUACCAUCUUCAGGCGGAGGACAACAAUCGGGUGGCGGCUGCUGUUAAAGAAGACACCUAGAAUUACUGAACACUUGAUUUUUAUUGUACGUUAGGACUUGGUUGAAAAGUAAAACAGGAAAGUCUCUAUGGAAGAUGCCUUGAAAGUUCUCCUGAAGUAGACCUAGCGUAUGAUGAAGUCCAGCAAAUUUUGAUUUUAAUUUAAUGCUUUGAAUGAGAUGCAUAAAGAAAAACUGUCAGUGGUUGUUCUAGUAUAAAAAAGAAUUGUUAUAGUAUUGUACAGUCAGUUUAUUCUAAUCUUUUAGAUGUAAUAUUACACUUACCAUGCUGUGGUGUGUCCUCCCUAUGUUGGCGGUUGGAUUAUCAUAAAUUACUCCUUCCUCUUCUAGUGAUCUGUUUUAACACAAUAUGGCAGCCAAUGUAGUCUUUUUAUGUAAUCUUAGGGGGUCCCUGAUGCAUGGGUAGGCCUUUUAUGUAAUGUUAAGGGUCCCUGUUGCAUGUGAAGUAAUCAGCAUGGUUUAUUUGCAAUGACAAACCAAAUCACUGAGUUUUAACAUUGUCUGUAAUUAUCAUACUUUUAUAUGUGCUUCGCGAUAUGUCUGACAUCUACUCUAGCUAUACAUAUGCACUGAAAAAAAAAAUAUUUAAGUUCAAAAGAAAAAAUACUAUUUAAAUUAACGGUGAUUGCAUGCGUUUAACUGAGAAUGGCAUGACGUUUCUGUACAUAUAAUCUACAAUGCUGGAUGAUACCUAUUCUUUCAGUUCCAAGUGGCUGAUGGGAUGGAUAGACAUCAUUUUAGUUGAUGUAACUGAGUAGUCAGUGGAUAGUUUGUGUUUUAUCAUGUUUAUGGUGUUUUUGUUAUUAUAUAGCUUUAUUUAUUUUAGUAUGUUUGGAUAUGGUUAUCCAAACAAACCUGAAACAUGACCUAUGUUGUCUUUCUGUCUGUGCAUAAUUAUUACUAGACUGUUUUUCGUGGUUAGACGGACACUUAACUUCGUUUCUGGGCAUAAAUUUUUAACAAUUGCCAUUCGCAAGUAUGUUGUGUAACAACGAUCAUGGAAGAGUGAAAUGUCAAUUUUUUGACGCUGUUUACUGAAUAGCCUAUUUGUGAUUACAGUAUUCUGUAUAUAAUGGGCCUCAUUAGUGUUAAGAUUUAGUGAUGCCUGAUACGUGCGUUGUACCUUGUACACACACAGUAUUGCCUCCAUCAAAGUUCUCUGAAAAAAAAUUCUAUUAACAUAUGAAAAAAAAAAAAAUAUUUAUAUAUUGAAUAUUGCCAAUCUGUACAACAGCUGUGGCCUUUAUGUAAUGUACGAGUGGGUAUUAUUUGUGUUACUGUGGAAGCGUACUGAAUGGAGGCUUCACCCGAUUCUGACUUCUAGCACAAGUAUUUCCUUUCGUUUUAUCUAAACCAUGGGUUGCGAAUGAUAUGCGUUAACAGGUGGUGGUUGCAGGGUGUAUUGUUUACAUCAGAAAUUGUUUUUUUGAGUUCUAUGGUUUGGAUGAAUUGUGUGAAGGUCACGCAUAUCACUCUACAUCAAAAUUGAAAUCUACAAAAUACAACUGUGAAACCAAACCAUUCAAAUUUGUUUUUUGUUAAGAAAGAGAAAAAGAAAUUUCCAGGGACUGUUAAUGAUUGCACUUCCUUUCCUUCCUUGGAUUGGCAUGUAAUUCAGGACGCUAAAGUGCGAUGAAAGUAAGUUGUAUUGUGUAUAUAAAUCGUAAGAUCGAUUUUGUUUGCAGGGAUAAUAAACUAAUACUCAGAAUGCAACAAGACCCUGUACCAACUCAAACUCACUGAAUUUUAUUUUACAAAAUCUGGAACUGUUAAAUUCUGCUUUUACUUCUCUCUUUCUCUAUAUCUUGCAGUGUUAUGAACCACAUAUUCUAAUGUGAAUUUGGAGUGCAGUUUAUAAAAUAUCGUCACCCUGAAUUCCGGCCUCUCAUUCUCUUGUUGACUUGUUUAAACUUGAUAGUUGAUGCAACAACAAAUGCAUGCCACUCUAAAAAAAAAAAAAAACUGUAUAACUUUUACAUUACUGUAAUUCUUUAUUACUUUCAUGAUAUAUGUAUCCAUUGAGUAGGAUACAAGAUACUGAAAGGCUUUGUGAGUCGCACAAUGCUUCUUUUAUGUGAGUGGUGUACAUUUUUAUGCUGGAUUUCUGGCUAGAUUCUCACUCGUACUCAUUUACACAAUCCUUGCAAUUGCUUCAAAGUGCAAUUUAGUGUUCUUAAAAUAAACUGGUGAAUAUUUUCACGUGAAGUUCAGUCAGUGCAUAUUAUUUUCAUGACUAUUUCUAUAUAUAUAUCCAGAUUCUGAGCUAAUACGAUAUAAAUCUUGGAAACAUGUUGGCAAAACAGUUGAACUGUCUGUGUAUUAAUAAUAGCUAGUUAUUGAUGAAAUAAAAAGAAAUUGCUGUAAA